AUGUUACUUACCGCUACUCCCUUCCAGCCGCCCAAAAACCACGGACAAAGCCUUUUCAACUUAAACAUCAAUAAAUCCCCUUUAAGCGCCAAUACUUUGGCCGAAGCUUACCAUUUCACUGUCUUGAACACAUUCGACGAUAUGCCCACCUCUCGUAGUGGAACUGGGUGCUGGACCUGUCGACUACGCAAGAAGAAGUGCGAUGAUGCUCGUCCUGUUUGUGGUCCUUGUUCAUUCCGAGAUAUCACAUGCCAUGGUUAUGGUCCGAAACCAGAUUUCCUGUGUAGUACAGAGGAUCAGAAGAGGGAGAUUGCCAAGAUUCAACGAGCAGUCAGUGACAGCUUCAAAGCAAGGAGAGCCUUCCGAGUCUCGAAGAAAGCAAGUCGUCCCUCACAGAUUCGACCGGUGGUCCCAGCCACAACGGGCAAACAAGAUGAGACCGUAGACCUCACAGAGGCAUACAAGACACAGCUCAAUCUGGACGCGGCUGGUCCUAGUUCGCUCUAUGACCAAAACGAGGGAAGAGCAACUGCACUUCCAUUCUCAGAACUCUGGCCUGAAGUCUCACAAAGUUCAUUUCCGUCAGGGUUAUUGUUACAAGCCAAUUCGGCUCUUUCAUCAGACCCCAAAGCCUAUCAGCUUAUCCAAGAUAGAGAAGAGUAUCCUCGGACUUUCUUAGCAAAUGCUUAUCCGGCACAAAAUGCGGAAGAGUUGUCCCUGAUCAUCAGCUAUCUGGAACGAUCCUUUCCGCUGCAAUUUUACUUCUACCAGCCUACUGGGCCAGAGAGAGGACGCGGCUGGCUUCUUGCUUUGAUCUUACGCUCCAAACCUUCGUAUUACACUAUUUUGGCAUUCAGUGUAUUACAACAGAUUCGCUUCGGUUCCGAGAACAAUAUCGACCAGGAACACAACCUGUACGAAGACCUGGAUCGAUACCACUCUCUUGCCCUCAUCGAGUUGCAGAAGCAAUUGGAAUAUCUCCCAACAGUCUCGGGGUCCGAGCAUUUGGCUAUUGGCGUCGAGAUCCUUGCUUGCACUAUGCAACUUUGCUCGAUCGAGGUGUUCCGCCAGUCUAAGCUGUAUCAGGGCUGGAAAGGAGAUUGGGAAAUCCACCUCAACGCUGCUGGUUCUCUGCUCUCUAUUAUAGGAACGGAGUUGAUAAAUUCCUCUGAAGCAUCUGCCGCGCCCAUAACAGCUGAUGAGAAGACACCUCCAGAAAGUACUAGCGACAACAUUGGAGGACACCGCCUUCUAGACGAGAUAGCAGGUCUAGAUUUCUUCACAACUACGUACGUUUGGGCGGACAUUGUUCGAUGUACUUCUGACCUCGAACACUGGAAAUUAGGGCUUGAGGACCGCUUGGACGUGCCCAUGCUGUACAGAAGAGCAUCGGAAAUCGAAGCUCGUCUAGAUCUUGGGUUGGAGACGAUCCCGAAAGACCUCUCAAGCUCGAAGUUCUAUAAAGAAAGUCACUUGGUCACAGAAAUCUAUGCAUUGUCAGCACUAGUAUACUUAGCGAUUGUUGUCUCAGGAAACUCUCCCCUCACACCGAAAGUACGGCUAAGUGUCCCGAAAGUACUUGACAAGAUCAAACAUCUCCCUGCUCAUCUAUUGAUGCGCGUAUCAUGGCCGUAUUGUGUAGCGGGCUGCAUGGCUGCUGAGAGCGAAAAGGAUGACUUCCGUGCGAUUAUGUUGGACGCUACUACCAAUGGACAAAGCUCUGGCACUCUUUUGAAUUCUCUUCAACUGAUGGAAGAGUUCUGGACGAUGCGGGAAAUUCUUGAAAAACAGGUCCAUGCCAAAGGUCGCAGCAAUACCCCAUGGGCGAUUGCUAUGGAACGGUAA